ACUCCUGCUUAUCCCUCUUUGUCCGGUGGCGACAGAAGGCCAUGAUAAUUAUGGCAAAAUUUGCGUUUUUGAAUGAAUUAUAGUUGAACGGUGGAUCAACAAGCAUACACCGUGUGGGGACUGGUUUGCUGGCAAUGACACACCAGAGAGUUUCAAUUUAAAGGACAGCAGAGCAAGCAACGGAGAAAGGGUACAGUUUGCUUCCAAGACAGUCUGCAAGAUGGCUAGCUAACGUUAGCUAGCCAGCUAAUGUUAGCAUAGUAAACACCAGUUUUCCAAACGUAUUCGAUCUGCUUCAUUUCAUGAACCAUGUAAGAAGUGAUCCUUUUCACAUGUGAAUACAGAGGAGUACAUCGCAGUGUCGGAUUUAUGCUCCGGUGUUGCGACUGCUGGCUGAUAUCUCAACGCUGCUAGCUAGCCACUUUGAGUAACGUGGCUAGCUAGUUAGCUGGAGGUAGUAACUAGCUUGCGUUAGCUAGCUGAUCGAGUCUUGAGCCACACAUCUGUAAGUGAUCAUUUUAGAGAGGGAGGGGGUGCUCUCUAACUUGCUUGUACUGGCAUUUCAAGCCCGGUUACAAGUAACCAGUUUCAGGCAGCUCGUGGAAACUGGUUUGCAACGAGGCGAAGUUGUGCUGAAUACCUGCUCGGUUUUACCUGACGUUUAUUUGGUGACCAAAUCCCGGCGUGACAGACACCGUGGCCAAAGAUUUGCAGCUGGAAAGGAUUUUGCAGACCUGGGCCGGCGCUAUAUUUCAAGCCAUCAUAACCAAUAAUUCGUAAAUACUGUGGCGAUAACAGUCUGAGGGUGGCUGACAUGACCUGAAGGCAGACUCCACCUAGUCGGCAUUCAGCCUUCAAGACGUCGUCGUCAUUUUUAUAACUUUUUUUUUCUUGCAUAUGAACGGUGAUAAGCCACUUCACCGACAGUCAUUUUAGCUAAUGGCUGCCGAAUCGGGGAGACUACUGGCGGGACAAGGAAAACGGAGCAAAGCUUCACAGAUGAAGAGCCCGGAGAAAAAGAAGGCAAGGAAGUCCACAACUCAGGCGGCGGGGUUCUCCCAUCUCACUGAGUUUGCGCCCCCUCCGACUCCUAUGGUGGACCAUCUGGUCGCUUCCAACCCCUUCGACGAUGACUUCGGACCCCCGUCCAGACCCAGCGGAGCAGGUGGACCCGGCGGCGCCCCGUUUCUUCCCAGCCCCGGUGCCGGCGGAGGAGGUGGGUAUGGAGGUGGAGGCAGAAUGGGUGGAGGCAUGAACUUCAUGGGAGGCCCCCCAGGAGGACCGGGCAGCGGUCAGCCUGGACGGAGGCCACCGUUUGGCCCUCCAGCCAACGCCGGGCCCCACCACCAGCUGAGCUUUGGCGGAAUGCCGGGCUUUGGCGGUGGUGGUGGGGGUGGCAGCGGAGGAGGAGGCGGGGGUGGGGGGUUCCCGCCAGGCGGCCCCUCCCAGUUCAACAUGCCACCAAAUUUCAGCCCACCCAUGCAUCCUGGGCCGGGAUUCAAUCCCAUGCUGUCUCCGGGGGCUAUGGGGGGCCCCGGCGGAGGGGGGCCACCCCACCCUCGAUUCGGCAUGCCCCCACAGCAGCAGCACGGACAGGGUGGGCAUCCGUUUAACAGCCCUCCGCUGCCUGGUGGUGGAGGUCCGAGAGGUCCCCUGCCUCCCAUGGGGGGAGGUAUGGGUCCGGGGAUGAACAUGAUGGGUGGCAUGGGUGGGGGUCCCGGUGGCAACAUGGUGGGAGGGCUGCCAGGUAUGCCCCCGCAAGGACAGUUCCCUCCCUCACAGGAUGGCCCUUAUCCGGGCCCCAGUCCACCGGGGCCUGGCAACGAGGACGGAAAGAACUUUGGUCCCGGAGGAGCUCCGCCUGGACCCCCGCAGCAGCAGCAGCAGCAGCAGCAGCAACAGCAGCAACAGCUUAACCUUAACCCCAAUGGUCCUCCCCCUAACAACACCACGCCCGGCCCUCCCCCCAACUCUGGACCACCGCAGCCUGGCGGGGGCUUCCCCGGACACCCCGAUGUCCAGCAGCCCAAUGCCAACACGCCUGGCCAGCCUCCGUCAGCACCACCGCAACCCAACCCCAACUCUUCUCCCACCGGCCCCCUGAACGGAUCGGGCCAGCCGCAGCAUCCGCCGCCCAAUCAGCUGCAGCCCCCCAGCAACACGAACACCCCCAACUCCAACAGUUCCACCCAGCAGCAGCAGCAGCAGCAGUCCACUCCACCCAACUCUGCCCCAGGCUCCACCCCUUACAACCAACAGAACAACACUCCCGGUGCCGGCGGCCCUCUGUCAAACGCUGCCUCCAAUUCGGGUCAGAACAACAUGACCAACAACAACGGAGGCAACACUCCCGGCAGCAACCCCAACCCCCCCUCCAACUCCACCUCCACUCCGAACACCCAGUCCCCGCUGCCCCCCGGCCCCGCCGCCUCCUCCGCCGGGCCCGGCUCCGGCCCCGGGAAGCUGGGCGGCCCCGGGAUGGUCUUCCCCUGCGGCCUCUGCAUGGCAGAGGUGCACGACGACCAGGACGCCAUCCUGUGCGAGGCGUCGUGCCAGCGCUGGUUCCACCGUGACUGCACGGGCCUGACAGAACCGGCGUACGGGCUGCUGACUCGAGAGAGCGCCGCUGUGUGGGCUUGUGACUUCUGCAUCAAGACCAAGGACAUCCAGGCCGUGUUUGUGCGCCAAGGCUUAGGCCAGCUGGUGGCAGCUAAUGAGAGUUGAGGAGGAAGUCCGGUGUUGAGGUGUGGCGCGUGCAGACAAACAAGACUUUGAUCAGACUGAAUGACCUCAGUGUCAAGUCGGAUACUUGCCCAGCUUUUCUGUUGACUAGCCCUUUACUCGUUCACUACGCAGAGAAUCGCUCUCAUUGACUUUCAUGCUUCUAAAUAGCACCUUGAGUGACUCUCGGUAGAUCAUUUCUUCCCCCCAAUAGGAGUGAAAUCACGAUGAAUGUUAAACUACACAGUCCUUCAGAUUCUUAGCCUGCCAACCAGCAAAGCACUGACACCAACACACUACCUCACACAGUUUGUGACCGACCGGCGCAGAAGCUCCCGCACUGAUCGACUGCGAUCGACCCGCAACACUCAUGCAUCACAUGCGCAUAACACACACUUAAAAUUUUCAAAUGAAUGCUCAAAGAUUCCCUGAUUCUGCAUCGACAGUGUGAGAUUUAAACAAAAAAAAAAAUGUAAUUAAAAUCAAAGAGUGUUGUACGUUAACGGAGUCUAGCACUGCCCUUUCACAUCGUUCGCCUUUUUACUCUAAGCUAGUGAAAGAAAUGAGAAAGUAAGUCGCUGCAUUGCAGGUUGGAAAAUCGAAACGCAAGUGUCAGUUGGAGCCAGAAUCACUUCCAAACUUUUGCACCUCCAGACACGCGCCCUUACACACACACACACACACACACACACACACACACACACUCUGGCUCUACAUUUUGUACGCAGUGCUGAUUUAUCCAAAGGAGCUCCGGGCUGAGAUUUCGUCCACGCCUCGCCGAGAGGAUUUUACCCGCCGGAAAAAAAAAAUAAAAAAAAGUUGUAAAUAUUAGGACAAAACAUUUGUCUGGAACUUCCACGAGUUGUGAACAUGCCACAGAAUCAACCAAUGAACAAAACAACGAGUUGGAGUCGUGUGUCUCGGCUGUGUACAGUAUAACAGUUUGGUUUUUAUACAGUACAUUUGAGUCAAGCAUUUCUUUUUCAGCUUCUUUUUUUAAAUUUUCUUUCUCUGCAGUACACAUGAAUUGUGAAACCAGUGCUUUUUGGAUGGUGUUGGCAUAGCAAGUAGUGGCAUCAUGUCAUAUCAGAUGUGCAUUGUCCUUUUUUUCAAGGAAAAAAAAAAAACAAAAAAAAGCGUUGGGGGAGGGAAAGGGGUGCAUGUGAACCAAUGCAGUAACUGUCUGAUCUGUUGAUGUUUAUAUUCUGGUUUCUGUCCUGCAAGAAACCUUGAAGUAGACCAAAUAACUAAAAAAAGAAAAGAAAA